UCAUAAAAAUAAGAUUAUACCACACCUCAAAUAGAGAGACUACACUGAUCCCAUUUCCUACACGCACACACGGCGUGGAAGCAAAGCAUAGUCUAUUUUGACUACAUAAAUGGAAGGUUCCAAACGAACAGGGGGCCUUGUUCAAAAACAGAAAAGGAACAAAACAGAGAGGAAUCUCUCCUCUUUUCUCUCCACCGCUGUAAAUGUCGCGAGAUUACUGUGCACCGCGUCCUUUGUUUGGAGGCGCAAUAGCCUCCACAUUCCCUCUUCGAUUUCAGGAUGUGAGCAACGUCAGGCCAGUGCCUGAUCAUCAGGAGGUUUUAGGGGACCCUGAGCGUGACGAGAGUCUGAUAUUUGAACUCUUAGAUCUCAAACUUGAUGUUGCUGACAAUGGAAGUGCAACCUGGUUUCUUCAAGACCUUGCCACAGAACAAGAUGCUGAGCAAGUCAUGAUAAUUGAGCAGUCUGGAGUGAUUGAGUUUGAUGGGUUGCGUUGCAGAAACAUGCCUGUAGUUGUUACUACUGCAGUUGGCCAGAUGGCCAUCUCUAAGGAAGGCCAAGGAAGGGAAGCUCAAAAUAUAGUUAGGGUGUAUUUGGCAAAUUUGCGUCUUAGGGAAGUUGGUACUGAUGUACUAAUCACUGCAUAUGAACCCAUCUUAAUAAGCGCGAGCACAGUUGGUGCUGGUCUGGCUGUACCUGCUGCACAAUCUGGAUGUGUGCCAAUGGCCGAGGUUUUUCAACUUGCAGUCUCUAGCUUCAAGGUGAAUGAUUGGAGCCUUUUUGGUCCUGCUGGUUGAGAAGUUCUGAAUGAACCUACUAAGCUCCCCUACAAACUGUGGCAUUCACUUUGACUUUCAAUUUUGUGGUUUGAUUCCUCAAGCAAUGUGCAAGUGUAAAAUGAUUUUCUGGUCAAAGCGAUUUAUUGAUAGUUUCUUUGAGUGAUCGUCCUAAAUCUUCAUUGGCAAGCACUGAAAAAGCAUCUUUAUUGGCAAGAACUGAAAACGCUACGUACGGAGACUUCCGCAUAGAGUUUAUAAUGUUUCGAGUGAUGAGUGUGCUAUUGCUGGAAGGGAGGUUGGUUCUCAAGAGUCUGGGACAAUGGUUUCUUUUUUUUUCUUUUUCCUGGAAAAUAAUUUUUGAGUCAGUGCUAUACAAUCAUUCAACGAAUUAAAAUCUUAGCACAUAUAUGUGCAAAUUGCAAAAUAUUUUGAUUUUGUCACUCUCAUGUCAUUUGGCUGCGUCCUAUCUUCUUUCGCUGUAUAUAGAAAAUACAAAGGUCUUCCCACUAUGCUUGAAGAAGUGCUUUGGCUGAGUACUGCUGAUGAGAGAGAGAGAGAGAGUCUUGUACUACUAAUGUACAAAUUAUUUUCUGGAUGGAGUUAUAAUUUAUACUGCGAAUUA